AUCCUGAGUACUGCCCUGUGAGAAGCUCCGUGUUUGCUGUGGAGAGGAAAGCCCAAAUGAGUUGCUCAUCGGAUUAAACAAUCAAAAUAAAAAGGACAGCAUGACAACUUGUUUUUUUUUUUCAGUUGGAAGGACCGUGUCAAAAUCUUUGAAUGAUAAGCUAGUGAAAGAUACAUCUGACAGUUUUUGUUUAGAUCUCAGAACUAACUUUUGGCCAAUUAAAGGGUGUUGUGAUGUCAGUUCCCAGCAGGUGAGCUUCUGUGUUGGCAUCGCAGUCAGCAGUAUAGGCUAGGUGGCAGUAGCAGCUUUUUCAUGGGUUUCAUCAGGUCCCUUUCCACAGGAGUAGGCUAUUAGCCUACUGUAAUGAAGCAUGCUGUAGCCCAUGCAUUGAUAAUCAUAAUCAUGCUGCUUGAUUUCAUACACCUGUGGAAAGUGACAAAAUUAUGAAAUAAAUAGGCUAGCCUAUAUCCCUUAGAAAUGUAUGGGCCCUAUGGACAUUUUUAUUUUGCUCUCUGCUAGUGAUACAACAUCAAUAAACAUUUAGGCUAGGCUACAUCAAAAUUAACAGUUUACAGUGAGGGUAGAUGGAAGAAAAGGGCUAUGACCCACUAGGGCCCAUGAGCAUCUGCUGUAGGCUAGAGACUAGUAUCCAGUCAAUCAAAACUCUCUUCCUCAGUGGUUCCAAAUGGAAUUGCCUUCCCUGUGUUCUUGAGUUAGUUUGGGGAGUUUCAGGAAAUGUACGAAGACUUGUUUACCAUGCAUCAUUUUUAAUGAAUCCUCUUACAGUUUGGGUUGCAUGUUUAUUAGGCCUAUGUCUAUUCUUGAUUUCCUGAUUGUUAUUAUUAGGCUACUACUAACUACUAUGCCGUGGCUUUUCAACUCCAUUUGAAACUAUUAUGUUUAGUUAAUGUAGCGUUCUUCAAAUAGGCCUAGGACUAGCCUACAAUAAGCCGCUUUGGAUAAAUACCAACCAUAACCAUAACCAAAGCCCUCUUUUUGACCAUGAUCUCUGCUUCCAUUCUCAUCACAGGGGCUUGGUAUCUCCUUGGUAACCAUUUAUGCUUGGCUUUGCUCCACCCCUAGUUCUAGCAUUUGCAGCUGCUGACUGCAGAUGCGUCUCUCCACGAAGCUCACCUUCUUCAACAAAACAUUAACAAGAAAUCAAGACAUUCGUUUGAUGGAAUAGGAUGUAUUUGCGGGAGAUAGGAAUUCGAUUGUCAGUUCUUUUUUCACAUUUCGAAUUUGAAAGCGACCAAACACAGUGCAGCAUCUCUACACAGGCAUACGGUACCCAGUUUCCCCCUUCCCCCUGAAACGCAUCAUCAUGCCUGGGCAGCUCUCCGGCAGCGAGGCCCCUCUUUCAGGCCUGCUUCCUUCCCCCACCUGGGUUCCCGGUCCUGUUCACCCCUUCCACUUCCGGGUGCGCACUGAACCCGUUGACUGGCGCCGGAUCGGGGCUCUGGAUGUGGACCGCAUCGCCAGGGAGAUGGACAUCGGGUUCCUCCAGGAGCACAUCACAGGGGUGACCUUUUGCGACGUGAGCGGUGAGAGGUGCCCCCACUGCAGGGGCUCUGUGGACCCCGCCCUGGUGAAGGUCCUACGCAUGUCACAGCUCAGCACCGAGUACCUGCUGCACUGCCAGGACUACCUGAGUGCCCAGCUGGCAAGCCUGGAGGAGAGACUGCAGGGGGCGCUCUUGGCCGUGGAGCGUGAGGCCGAGGAGAAGGCCAAGCUGGACGCCGAGCUGCAGGCUGAGAGGCUGGAGAGCAAGCGCAGGAAGAAGAUGAUCACUACCCAACAGCUCCUCCUGCAGGCCGCUGCCAAUAACUACCACAAGUGCCAGUUCUGUGAGAAGUCCUUCAUAAACUACUCCUACCUUCAAGCUCAUCAACAUCGCAGGCAUCCGGAGGCCACAGAAACAGAGAAGCAGAAGAAGAAGCAGUUGGAGCAGGUGGAGGAUGGGAUCGAGGAGCUGCGGGAGAGGCUGAGGCUUAGCCAGGCUGCCCUGGACGCCGAAAAGGAGGCUGUCGCGCUGAGGAGGAACCAGGAGCUGGAGGACCAGAGGAGGAGGGAGGCGUCCGAACGGCAGGAGCUGGACCACUGGAAAGAGGAGGAGAGGAGGAAGGUCUAUCAGGAGAUGGCCGAACUCAAGCAGCUGUUGACGCAGGAGCUCAAAGACCUUGCCAGCAAGAACUCCUCCAUUGAAGCUAAACUGGACGUGCUGCAGAAGAGGGAGGUGCCCAUGCCAGAAAUACGUGUGUCCAGAGACGAGGAGGAGCUGGAGAGGACGGAGGCUCGAGAGAAGGAGCUGAGGGACAAGCUGGUGCGUCAGAAGAGCGACUGGAAGAAGAGAGUGAAGGAACUUCAGAACAGGCAUGAGAUGGAGAAGGAGGAGCUGCAGAGAGAGAACGAGAGGCUCCUGCGUCUGACCACGUCGGAGGACCAGAGCUUAGGCCUGCAACGGCUACAGCAGCAGGUCAAGUCCCUCUCCUCCCAAGUCCACAGCAAGGACCGCCUCAUCCGCACCCAGGAAGACAAGAUCAAGAAGCUGUCGGCAAAGCCAGCGGCAGCUCCAGCACCACCUGUUAGACAAGAUGCUCUUGAGUCAUCAGAAGACGUGGAAGAGGAGGAAGAAGAGGAAGACGAUGAGCUGGAGCAGUUGGAGGCCCGGCGGCAGCAUCGAGAGUCUCUGCGGAGGAACCCUGACAUGCUGAGGGAGUUCAGGCCCAUCCUCCAGGACAACAUGGAGAUCAGACUGGAACGCAUGGGGCUGAGAAAGGGAACCAAGGGCAUAUCCAAGCAGACGCUGAAGAGCCUGACCUCUUUGUUGGCUGGGCAGAGGCAGCAGAAGGCCAGGCAGGACCCUAACCUGCUGAGCAUGAGGGAGGGGCUCCAGGCCGAGGUGAACCGUCGCCUGAGCCGUGGACAGAAGAGCCAGAGCCUGACCAGAGCCUCCACUCAGAGCCAGAAAGUAAAGGUGGCUGCUGGCCGUUCAAAGGAGACGAGUGCUAAGCCUAAACAGACCACUGUGAAAUCCGUCUCAAAACGAGGGAAGAGUCCAGCUCCUCAACCUACCCCACGCGCUAAACUACUUAUGACUCCACACACAAAAGUUAAGAAGAGCAGCACCCCACCCUUCAGUUCAGAGGAGGAGUCGAUAGGGGACAGUGCAUACAUCACCAGCCCCAGUAAGCCCACUCCCUCGGUGCGACUGGUGCAGUCGGGGCCCCAGCCGGCCCUUCCACAGGGCCCCCCCAGUGCUCCCACAGACGACUGGUCCGACUCGGACCUCUCAGAAGAAGUUGCAGGGACCAGCACCCAGCAGGGCCUGAGCACCCAAGGGUCAGUUGUCCAAACCCUGACAAGGAGCCUUGAGAGACAGCUUACCUCUCCAAUGAGCAAACCUGUGGGCGGGAUUAGAGUAAUACCACCUGCCACCAAAGCCACGGCUCAAUCAAAGAGUGUGGUCAAAAAACUCCAGCUGUCGGACGAAGACAGUGAUCUGGAGCUGUCUUCCAUAGAGGAGGUGUCAGCGGAGCCGUUAGGGGUGCGCAGGAGCUCUGAUAUUGGGGGCACAUCGGGCACCAGCGUCUGGAGUUCCUCAACCAGCCGCCCGGGAGGGUGGGCCAACCCCUGAAGCAUUUAGGUGUAUAGGUACAUACUCUCACAGCAACAUGUAGCACCCCCCACCACACAUACUCAGACAGGCAUAGAGAACAUGCCCAAGUAGCACCCCACACCACACAUACUCAGACAGGCAUAGAGAACAUGCCCAAGUAGCACCCCCCACCACACAUACUCAGACAGGCAUAGAGAACAUGCCCAAGUAGCACCCCACACCACACAUACUCAGACAGGCAUAGAGAACAUGCCCAAGUAGCACCCCCCACCACACAUACUCAGACAGGCAUAGAGAACAUGCCCAUACUUUUAAGGGAACAAGAGGGUACUACAUAUCUCACAUCUAUUCUCGAUUCUGCAUAGUUUGUACAAAUAAGCUUUAUACUUGAAUUGGGUUAGCAAUAAGUGAAACAGAUAUAUUUAGCCUAUGUGUUCCUUGUAAAGCGAUUUAAACACAUGGAUUUCUAUACUAUUUACUAUACAUGUCUGUAUGAAUUUUCUGUCUCUGGUUUCAUUUUAUAUGGACAAUUUGUAUCAUAUUCAUUAUUAUGAUAUUUAUAAAGCACUUGUUAUGGUACUUCCUUUUUAUUCAGCUGCUUUUACAUCGAAGUAAUAAAACAAAUCUCUGGGCAAACAGAGAUUUCUAAA